CUCACGCCCGCGGUAGGGGCUGGAGCAACGGCGGAGGGCGGGCCUGGCCAGAGUGGGUGGAGGCGAGAUCCGGGUCCCGACUGCAGCUUGCGGGCAGAGGAGCCGCAUUUGCAGCCGCCUCCGCAGCCCGUGCCUCCCCGCGGCCAGCGGUUCCAGGGAGUGCCUCCUGGAGGCGCGGAGGCCGCCCGGCACGCCCCGGCCCCGCAGCUCCGGCCGGGGCGGAGGCCGCGGGACCGCGGAGAUGCGGGGCGGGGGCAGGGCGCGGGGUAGGUGACUUUAUCCCGCCUCUGUUUCCCUGCCCCGGGGAGCAAUGACAUCACGCGGCCUUCUCCAGGCGCCGACACAAAGAGCGGUGCGGAGAGGCCGCUGCGGGGGGAGCCGGCGGCCGCCGCUGCCGCCCAGGGUCCUGGGGCUCCGCCGGCCAGACCCGCCGCCCGCGGCCCGCGCCCUUCCUCUUCCUCCUCCUCCUCAGCCGCCGCCUCCUCGGUCGCCGCCACCCGCGCCCUCCUCCAGCGGCUGAGCCCGCGCCGGGCCGCGCCGGCCCCUUCCCAUGCCGGCGGCGCGGGCCCUGGGAGGGGCACCCGGAGCCAGCCGCGCAGCAUGCACUGGGGGGUUGGCUUUGCCUCGUCCAGGCCGUGCGUGGUGGAUCUGAGCUGGAACCAGAGCGUCUCCGUCUUCGGCUGGUGGGCCGGGUCCGAGGAGCCCUUCUCCUUUUAUGGGGACAUCAUCGCUUUCCCUUUGCAGGAUUACGGUGGGAUCAUGGCAGGGCUGGGCUCCGAUCCCUGGUGGAAGAAAACCCUUUACUUGACCGGGGGAGCUUUGCUGGCCGCAGCUGCGUAUCUGCUCCACGAACUCCUGGUCAUUAGGAAACAGCAAGAGAUUGACUCCAAAGAUGCUAUUAUUUUGCAUCAGUUUGCAAGACCUAACAAUGGUGUCCCCAGUUUAUCUCCUUUCUGUUUGAAAAUGGAAACUUAUUUGAGGAUGGCUGACUUACCUUAUCAGAACUAUUUUGGUGGAAAGCUCUCUGCUCAAGGGAAAAUGCCUUGGAUCGAAUAUAAUCAUGAAAAAGUUUCUGGCACUGAAUUCAUAAUUGACUUUCUGGAAGAGAAACUGGGAGUGAAUCUAAACAAGAACCUUGGCCCUCAUGAAAGAGCCGUCUCCAGAGCAGUGACCAAGAUGGUGGAGGAGCAUUUCUACUGGACGUUAGCUUAUUGCCAGUGGGUGGACAACCUCAAUGAGACCCGGAAGAUGCUCUCCCUUAGCGGUGGCGGUCCCUUCAGUAACCUGCUGAGGUGGGUCGUGUGCCACAUCACGAAAGGAAUUGUGAAGCGCGAGAUGCACGGCCACGGCAUCGGCCGCUUCUCGGAGGAGGAGAUUUACAUGCUGAUGGAGAAGGACAUGCGGGCCUUGGCGGGGCUGCUGGGUGAUAAGAAGUACAUCAUGGGGCCCAAGUUUUCCACACUCGAUGCCACUGUCUUUGGACACUUGGCACAGGCAAUGUGGACCUUGCCAGGCACAAGACCUGAGCGGCUGAUCAAAGGUGAGCUGAUCAACCUUGCCAUGUACUGUGAGAGGAUAAGGAGGAAGUUCUGGCCCGAGUGGCACCACGGUGAUGACAACACCAUCUAUGAGUCUGAGGAGAGCAGCGAAGGCAGCAAAACCCAUACCCCGCUGCUGGAUUUUAGCUUUUACUCAAGGACAGAGACCUUCGAAGAUGAGGGAGCAGAGAACAGUUUUUCCAGAACCCCUGACACGGAUUUCACAGGACACUCGCUCUUUGAUUCGGAUGUGGACAUGGAUGACUGCACAGACCACGAACAGUGCAAGUGAUGUCCAGCCUCUCUGACUGUUUUCCUUUGGAGCUGCCACUCCCUGGGGCCGGGCAAGUUCCCCAGGUGGAAAUUCAUCAAGUUGGGAGGAGACCUUCAUGCUUGGCAGAGUUUUCACUCACUAACUGGACUAGAGCCGCCUUAUUUCUUUUUUGUACAAAGAACCAUUCAGAUGGCUCCAUUUAAAACAAACAGGCAAAAAACAAAAGUCAGCAUGGUUCUUGACAUCCAUUUUUGUUUUCAUUAGAAAACCAAUAUGGGUGGUAGAGCAGGUGGAAGAGCGGGUUGUCCAUGGGUAGCAUUUAUGUUGAUUCUCUGCAGCCUGAGGGCUUAGUUGUGAGAUGGACUCUUGAAUAUCCUUCCUUCACCAGAGUUUGAAGUAAGGAGCGGUAUCAUCAGAAAAAAAAUGUAGGUGAGAAAUGCUCUGUGGUGGCUGCUUGUAUUUUAUGUGUGUAUAUUGUAUGUUAAGAUGUGUGUCAAAUAAAAUGCAGAUAUUCAAUGAACACCUGCUAUGUGCAAAGCACUGUGCUAGGUGCUAAUCAGUAGUUCAUUCUAAGCCCUGCCAGUGAUUCGCUGUGUGAUUUCAGGCAAGUCCUAUGACUAUUGUGUGCCUCAUUUCUCCCACCUGUAAAGUGGGGAUGACAAUACUCUCCACCUACCUACCUCACAGGGGUGUUGUGGGGAUUCACGUGGUGAAAUUGUAUGGCGCUUUGAGCCUCUUGGAAGUGGUGCGAUAUGAACACAACAUUUUAUUCUUCAUUGUGCUUCAUGUGAGUGAAGAUUUGAGGGCAAAGGAAUUCCAUAAUCCAGGCAACAACAGCCACAGUCACUAGCAAAAGCUGAGCACACAAAGGCACUCCUAGGAAUUUGUCAUCAUUCCUCUUUGUGAUCUAGUUUGAAUUGAAAUCAUUUGUUGAAAGAACCUUGGAAAUAUUUUUACGAAUCAACAACUCCAACAGUCUUCAGUUCUACUGUGUAUCUGCAGAGAAGGGUUUCAUUGUCUGAACUCACACUGGAAUGCUGUUCCAGAGUGUUAAUAAGCUGCCUAUGUUUGAAAGAUUUGGAGAGAAUAAAGCUCAGGAAUAUGAUGGGUUUAAUAGAGGUGAAAGGGCAAGUAUUUGAUUUUUGUAAGCCGAAGCUUGCCAACUUGUAAUGUCUUUUUGAAAACAAAGGUGUGUUGAAAAUACAGAAAAUACAAAGGAGGAAAAUCAUGUUAUAUGUAUCAGAGCAUUCUGUCCCGUGAUAGACUAUAUGCAGUUUCCUUAAUGCAGUUUUUGUGAUGUUGUUAGACAUUGCUUAGUGAGAGGAGGGCGACACUGAGGACACAUCUUAUGCUUCUUAAGGAUCUUCCAUCCCUCCCUUCUCUGUCUUCCCUCUCCUCCCUGCAGGGCAUGCGUGCUGUUGGGUUUCUGAUAUUUACAAAGGCACUCUGUCUUCGAAGAUACCAAUUUUUGUUGACUUGGAACUUUUUUUGGGGGGAAAUGAAAGGUGAAGAUCCUGGAUGAUGGCUGUGGAUCUGGACUAGGAGACCCACUGUUGAGAUUUACGGCUGCAAGUGAAACUGCUUUGCUUCUUCCUGAUCGGGGAAGGAUUACUCAUUAUGGUUUAAAGAGGCACUUCUGGAAACAUGAUGUCUGUGAGAUUCAUGUACUUUACUUGAAAAAACUCUGGAUAUAGCAUUUGCAAAAACAACCUUGUAAGACUGCCAUGGAUGCACAAGGAGUAUCAGAGAGGACAAUUUUUGAGGCUGUUUACCAGUUAAGCAAUUGUGGGCGGGCACAUGUAACUGGGAAUAAUUGCUGAGAUAUCCUAAAACCUCACCCUCCAGGAAAAGGAGCUGUUAGUACCUUAUUAAAGCCAUGAAUUGAA